AUGGCAUCAACCAAGUGUUCACGUCUCCUCCUGAGGCGCGCAAGACCUCAACUUCAACGAUUGGCCUCCAGACCAUACAGCGUUGCGGCGAGAGCCACGGAAUUCCUACAAACACACAGUCCAGAUCUUACGGAAUCCCAAAAGGCCGUAAGAGAGGCCAUUGGCAAGAUCUGCCAAAAGUACCCCGACGAAUACUGGCUAGCACGGGAGCAAAGCAAAGAGUUCCCCGCCGACUUUUACCACGACCUCGCCAAAGGAGGAUGGCUAGGGAUUUGCCUCCCUGAAAAAUAUGGCGGAUCGGGCCUCGGCCUCGCCGAAGCCAGCACCAUGAUGCAGACGAUUGCCGAGUCCGGAGGCGGAAUGCAGGCGGCGUCCGCUGUGCACAUCAACAUUUUUGGCCUCGAGCCCGUCGCCAAAUUCGGCACGGAGCAGCAGAAGAAGAGGUUCCUCGAGCCGCUCAUCGCCGGGCGAGAGCGAGCCUGCUUUGCCGUCACGGAGCCAAACACGGGACUGGACACGCUGAAAUUACAGUCAAAGGCAGUGCGCGACGGGGACCACUACGUGCUCUCGGGGCAGAAGAUUUGGAUAACUACGGCGCAAACUGCGCAAAAGAUUCUUAUUCUGGCGCGAACCACUCCCAUCAGCCAGGUGAAAAAGUCUUCGGAAGGGCUGUCGCUCUUCUACACUGACCUCAACGACACUUUGCCCAUCCAAAUCACCGAGAUUGACAAGAUGGGUCGCGGCGCCAUCGACAGCAAUUCCGUCUUUUUUGACGGCUGGAAGGUUCCUUGCAAAGAUAGAAUUGGGGACGAGGGCCAUGGUUUUAAACUGAUUAUGCAUGGCAUGAAUGCCGAACGCAUCCUCAUCGGCUGCGAAGCGCUGGGCUUGGGGUAUGCCGCGCUGCGAAGAGCGGCGCUCUACUCGAAUGAGCGGGUUGUGUUUGGCAGGCCGAUAGGACAAAACCAGGCAAUACAGCAUCCUCUGGCUGACAGCUGGAUGAACCUGGAAGCCGCUCGACUCGUGCUUGCCCAGGCAGCCAGGAUGUACGACGACGGCUAUCAAGGCGGCGAAUAUGCCAAUGCGGGAAAAUAUCUUGCUGCCGAAGCCGCCUUCAAGGCGUGCGAGAGAGCCGUCAUGUGUCAUGGCGGAAUGGGAUAUGCCAAAGAGUAUCACGUAGAGCGGUAUCUGAGGGAGGUUUUGAUUCCCAGGAUUGCCCCCGUGACCAAGGAAAUGAUAUGUAACUAUAUUGGACAACGAGUCUUGGGCCUACCGAAAUCGUAUUGA